GAUAUAUUAUAAGACAUGCAUGAUGUUUAUACGACUACAUAGAUAGACAGAUAGAUAGAUUGGUAGAUAGAUAGAUAGAUAGAUAGAUAGAUAGAUAGAUAGAUAGAUAGAGGCGUCUAUAAGUGUAGUGACACAUGCAUAAGCAAAGCAGCACACACACACACACACACACACACACACAUACACACACAGAGAGACUUUUUAGCAUUUCUACACAAAUAUAACAGCGCUCGCGCAUCAACGUAGUAAUGUGAACGGAACGUGAAUACACGUUGCACACACCAACAGAGAAACAGACUUACACACAUACAGUCACAUAACCGCUGGGUGAGGCAUACAUAGCAGGACACAUACACAUGCACACACACAAAUAUGAUAAAGCAUAUAUAGAAGAACAGACGCAUACACACGCGCGCGCACACGCGCCUUCGAAACUCCAUCGUACUGACUCGGUGGAACGAAAAGCAAACAGUCCGUUACACAUACAUACACGCAUACAUAAACACCAACGCAUAUACAUACACAACUGCACUAGAUUACUCACACACACACACACACACACACACACACACACACACACACAUACGUACACACGUACACAGACACGUCAUACAUACGUUUCAUAUAACAAACGCUAAAUUCGCAAAUAUAAACAUGUACGUUAGAAAUACUAGUUAAAAGACCUGUACACCCGGGUACAUAUACACACACGCACACAUACUAGCAGAUGCACUAUUCUCACACACACAUACACAUACACACAUACAUGUGCAUGGGCGCGCGCACACACACAUGCGCACCCUGCUUAUAAAUCAAACCUAUUCCGCAAAUAUGCACACGUGCGUUAUGCACGCUAUUUAAAAGACACGGUUUUGACUCGAUCAUAGAUAUUUCCACAUACGCACACACAUACAUAGUUGCAUUCCACUACACGCACACACGCACACACACACACACGCGUGCGCAUGCACACACACAGACACACACACACACACAGACACUCACGCGCGCAUACGCACUCGCUUUUCAUAACACAACCGCAGUCAGCAAGCAUGCACAUGCACUUUUUCCACAUUACCUAAUAGACGCGCAUUCACACACGAGUACACAUACCUACAAACGCAUAAACGCAUACUUGCACACACACACACACACACACACACACACACACGCACGCACACACCGACACACAAAAUCACACACACACACACACACACAUACACAUGCACACCGAGGCACACACAUGCAUAUAAAUACAGAGGCACAUACACAAAUACACGCACAUAUGCACUGACACAUACCAUGUGCAGGUUCGUCAGUUAACCACAAAUUCAAUAAGGCAUCCUUUACCGCUUCAACAGAAUACCUUUGCCUCUUCUCUCACUCCUCUCUUGUCUCACCACCACCAACUUCAUCACCAUCAUCCCCAUCAUCAUCCAACCCAUCAUUAUCAUCAACAGCAUCAACACUGUCAACAAUACCAUCUCCAUCACCAUCACCACCACAACCAUCAUUUACAACAACAACAAUAGCAACAACAACAACAAUAGCAACAACAACAACAAUCUCCAUAUAUAAUUCGAGACAUUAUCAACAAACAUUAUAAAGGAAAUAUUAACAGAAAUAGCUUCACGUUGUUCAGCCAACAUUUGGUUAUGGCCAUGCUGGGGCACUGCAUUGAAGAACUUUUAGUUGAGUGAAUCAACCCCAAUGCCUGUAUGCUUUUUAAGAAUUUGGUGCAGAACUAUUACGGAGGCCAACAGAAGUCAACGGCAAUCAGCGAAUACUAAGUACAGUACACAUAAUCCAAGAACAUUGAGUUUCAUUGCCUUGCUUCAGCUAACAGCAAUAUUAACAGUUUUCUACAUUCACAUAUAUCUAUGAAUCGAUGGAAUCUUUCUGAUGACGUGGAAGUAUGAGUCUCUGCUAAUAUGGUAAACAAGUAAAAUUGAGAGGAGAUAUUAAUAACGGCAGCAGCAACAAAUUACAAUGAACGACAAUGAGACUUUUCCAGAGAACAUUACAAGCGUCUUUGAACGCCAUUCCUGGCCAAUGGGACUUUUCAAAGAAUUCUGUCCAUCAGCUCUCUAUAUAGACCGCUAUGUCAACGCAGUUUGGCACAUCAUUGGCCUUUUUACAAAUCCCAUCUCAGCAUUCAUAUGGCUAAACCAUCGUAUUCGGCGCAAUAAUUCUUCGGCUAUAUACCUCGCAGCAUUAUCGAUAACAGACUUUAUGUUUCUUUGGUUGCAUUUCAUCAACGAACUUCAAAUAGCCUGGGGUAUAUCUACAGUCGCUCACGCUGGUAUCUGCGAACUGUACAAUUUUAUAUACAUGAUACCGCAAUACCUGGCACCGAUAAUUGUUCUUGGUUUCACGGUAGAAAGAUGGAUUGCCGUCUGUAAGCCAUUUCACAAAGAGAGGUUUUGUACAGUGAAACGGGCAAUCUACGUAGUUUGUGGAUUAAUAUUUCUGAGCUCUUCGCUGGCUUCAGCACAAAUCUAUAUCUGGAAUUAUGAUGAAACACACAAAGUGUGCACCUACAGGGACACCAAUGUCACACCUUACAGCUUCACAGAAGUUUGGAACUGGUUGAGCGAAAUGUCAAUAUUCGGUGGUGUACCAAUCUGUGUGUUAAUAUUCAAUAUCCUUGUCAUUUGCGAGAUACGUAAGAUUACGAAAGCAAAUGCAAUACAACUUCCCCACCAAACUUCAUCCGGAAGUAAUAACGCUGCGUCAACCAUCACUUUACUUUCGGUUUCCUUCUAUUUGAUUUUCACUACCUUGCCGGUUGCAUUAGUCUUCGUUAUAGCCACAAACUUCGAACAUGGUAAUGGUUUUAUGACAGAUGAUGAAAUACGUGCUGAUCCGCAAUGGAAUCGCUUUUUCACUUUCAUGAUAACCCGUCGAUGUAUUGAGGGCAUCUGUUUCUCGCAUUAUUCCUGCUACUUUUUUGUAUAUUGCCUCACCGGUCCACAAUUUCGCAAGACAUUUAUGACUUUCUUUCCAAAUAAAAUAUUCCAAGCACUGAAUAAUUCCUCCCAAGGUCGAUACACCAUUGUGACGGGCAAUGGAAGAGCCAACAACGAAAGCUGCACAACUUAUGUGUAAAUUUUCCAGACAUUGUUUUAAAAUCAUCAAUGUAGAUUAAUUAUGCUCAGUAAAUUAAUAGUAUUAAUUCACGAAACAAGAGGAGGUGUUGGGCGUCUGAAUUGGUUUCAAACGAGAGAACAAUGAGUAAAUUUCGUUUUUUUUUUUUCUGUGUUUUUCACUUAUGAACCAUUAACUUUGAAUGUUACUUGUCGCUUAUCUGUGUGGUCUUAGAGCCAUUCUAUCUUUGUUUCAGAAUAAAAUAGAAAAAGCAGAAAUAAAUACUGCGCACAACAUUGAUAAAAGAACAUUUAAGAAAAAAUAUUACGCAUUCUUUUUUUAAUAUUGAAAAUAUUUAUUUAUGGAGUUAAAUAUAUAUUAACUCAUUCUCUAUCAGUGACUGAUACAACUA